CCGCGACACCGGAGACGGAGGACGGACGCCCCGGGUCCCUCUGGGUUUUCAGUUCAUUACAAAUCCAACGCCCGGGACCGAGACGAACGUUUUAAGGCGGUUAAGCGGGACGAAGCGGCAAUGGCUGACUCGCUGAGAAUUUAGACAAGACAGCUUUUUUUUUUUAAUUUAAUUUUUUUUUAGUUAGCUACUUUUUUUUUCAACCGUGCUGGACGAAUCUGCCAUAGAGGAUUUAUGUACGGUAAGGGAGCCAAGCGAAAACUGGAUGAGGAUGAAGAAGGGCUGGAAGGCAAAGCGUUGGCGUGGGCCAUGAUGGGGGGGCCGGGCCUGUCCCCUGAGGGCCCGGCCCCCGAGGGUCUGUCCAAGGUGUCGUACACGCUGCAGCGACAGACCAUCUUCAACAUCUCUCUGAUGAAGCUGUACAGCCAGCGGCCGCCAGGUGAGCCCAGCCUGGAGCGCCGCGUGCUCAUCAACAACAUGCUGCGGCGCAUCCAGGACGAGCUCAAACAGGAAGGGACGCUGCGGACGUUGCUGCUGCCCCCCUCCCCGCCGCCCGACGACCCCAUGGAUGAGGGCUUCCGCGAGGCCCCUCCCUCUUUUGGCAUGUUGGCGGCGGCGGCGACGAUGACGCCGACGCCUCAGGUCUCCCAGCAGUCGGCACUGCUCGUUCCGGUGUUUGCCCCGCCUUCGCCCCACCCUCUGGCCUCUUCCAUUGGCCAGGCGGCCCCAGCUGAGCCCGCCCCUCUGGAGGCCUGUCUGACGCCAGCCUCGCUGUUGGAGGAGGACAAUGACACUUCUUUCUGCACCUCUCCCUCACCUGUGCCUCCCUCGCUCCCCCCUCCUCCGGCCCCUUCCACCCACCCCGCCCCUGCAGCCCUCCUGACCAGCGUUGCCCCCCAGAUUCUUGUGCCUGCCUCAUCCAAUGACGGCUUCUCCUCCGCUCUGAGUAACAUGGAGCUGGGACCGCCCACAGCCAUAACAAGGACAGAAACAGCAGCUAAUGCCACCACCAUGACUACCUCCCAAACACCCCCCCCACCUCAAGCGCACACACCCGAUCCACCUCUGGCCCCUGGCUCCCAGCAGCCCAGAGACUGCAGGACAGCGUGUCCCAAACCGGAGGUGGUGGCCAUCUCGCUGGCGGAAGGCCGCUGUGGUGAGCUGAGGCCGAUGGACACACUGCCUGCGCUGCCCCCUGGCGGCCUGGUGGACCUCACCACCUCCCAUUCCUCCUCCCCGCCCUCCUCCUCCCCGCCUUCAGGCUUUCUCUCGGACUUGGCGUUAGACGACAUCCUGUUCGCCGACAUAGACACAUCCAUGUACGACUUUGAUCCGUGUACGAACACGGGGGUGGUCGGUGCGGCUGCGGCGGCAGCCGCAGCAGCAGCAGGCGGGGGCCUCUCCAAGAUGUCGCCCGUGGUCACUGCCGAUGACCUCCUGAAGUCACUGGUGUCCCCGUACAGUGUGCCCACCCCCCAGGUUUCCGCCAAUCAGCCUUUUAAAAUCGACCUGACAGAACUGGACCAUAUCAUGGAGGUCUUGGUGGGAUCGUGACCUGAACAGGACCACCUCAGAGACAAUAGAUGUUUUGUUUUUUGUUUUAAAUCCAGAUACAAAUAGACUGGAAUCGAAAAUUGGGGUCACUUUUUUUUCCUUUCUGGUUGUCGAUUUUAUCUGGGUUUUUUUUUUUCUUUGUUUGUUUUUAUUUUAUACUCUUUUUCCAAGGCCGGUAAUUGUAAGCAUUGAUGUGAUGUCAUUCAGAACUACUAUUUCAACUACUACUACUACAACUACAACUACUACUACAACACAACACUGUGCAUGCACUGUGCUUGCCUUUCCAAAAAAAAAAGAAGAAAUGAAGUAACCGGGGAAACAAAGAUGCGUACACACAUAGACACACAUACACGUGCACACGCACACACAUUCACUUGAACACACACACUGAAGGGAUGGCUUUCAGCAGUCGAGUGCCUUUUCAAAAUGACCACUUUCCCAGUUGUCGUCUUCACAAGUUUGUGUCUUUUUAUGUGUUAGUUUUAUUUCCCCUCUACACUUUACCAGCUCGGAGAGGUCACUCCCGAGAUGCUCUCUUUAAUUUAUUGUAUUGUAUUAAAACUAUUAUUAUUGUUAAUUAAUUAAGACAAUUUCUCACGAUCAAAUAGUGUUUAUUUAAUCCUCAUCCUACUGCAGAUGUAUUGUUCGUUUGUUUUUUUGGUUUAUUUCUGUUUUCUUUUGUAAAUUAAUUAAGGUUUUUACAAGGAGUCCGUUUUACCAGCGUGCUACGCGUUAGCUUAGCUCGACGACUAGCUUCAGGAAGGAGGACCCCGCGGCCCCGCCCAUCCCUGCGGCCGUCGGGGAGUUCUGAUUGGAGGAGGCGUCCGUCUCUCGACGCUCGUCUGGAAUUCAUUUCGAACCGCUGUCUUCUCCGGCUCGCCCCGCUGGCACGCCGUCUCGUGCUGGGCGGAAGUCGGCCGGGACGCGGGAGGACCUGCGGAGGCCUCGUGCGUCAGUGGUUACCGCGGGCGAGGUUGCGCGGACACACCCAUGGGGUUUUUGAGCCCUGAAGUGGGUCUGAGAGACCGGUGUAGGACGACGCCGACCGGCUGACACCGGCGUCUUCGCAGGCCUGGGUUAGGAGGAAGGCAGGGCAAAUAACCGGCAUGCUUUGCGAGCGACCGUCAGACAAACCGGAGGGGUAUAAAAAAUUCCAUGGGCGUGUACGCACACACAAUUUGCCCAUAGUAACGGUUGAUACGCGAGGCCCCCUGCUGGUUGACGUCGGGACUGUGGAGACGGGUCACAGAGAUCCACGGUCACCCGACAUCGAGUUCGGGUCUCCGAACACGUCCAGCUUGACGAUUUAAAAAGAAAAAGAAAGGAGUCCAGUUUUAUAAGGUCCCCUCUGAAGCGUUUUCAUCUUGGUUUCAAAUCAAAUGUAGGCGAAAUGUGACGUUGCCUCAAGGAUUUCUCCAGCAGCGGGGGUUGGGGUUGGACAGCACUUCUGUCACAUCUGAACUCAGUAUUGGACCCUGUAUUGGACCUUCUUAGUCACUUGUAAAAAAAAAAAAAAAGAAGAAGAAAUUAUUGUUUUUUAUGAUCUGCGGAUGUCUGGGCCCAUUCUUGCCCCUGGACCGUGAUGUCAGAAGUGUGGUUUUGUCUUCCACAGCAGCCGGGGGGGGGGGGGACAAGAGAUUCGUUUAAGUCUUGAAUCUGGAUUAUUUAUCAGCUCAGAACCGGUUCCCAAAACAUCAACAGGCUAUCGAACCCCAACCCUGGUGUCUUCUAGUAUUGUACACUUCUUUUUGUUUUGUUUUGGGGGUUUUUUUGGCUGGUGGGUCAACAUGACCCACGUAGGUGAACCACGACCACCUUGUAGCAUAUGAGUAUUGUUGCACACGACCCACAUUGUCACAGUAGACACACUUUAAUUCAGAACUGAAGCCCACACAGUAAAUCUCAGGGUUGAACACCAUUACUGGACACUACCGACGCUGUACGGUCAUAAAUACUGACCCCGAAGCACCAGGCUGGUCUAAAAUCAUUUGUCGAUGGGUCGGCUGUGAGUCUCUUGGAUAUGUUUUUUGUUUUUUCAGUGUGGGUUUUCCAACGACGAGCUGGUAAACCCGAACCAGGCGGUAAACCUGAUCCCACACCCGUGCAAGAGAGGGCGGCCUUGCUUCCUAACACCGACGCAACACAUUUACGCACCAAAACGAACCGAGAAGUUGUCACGUAUACUGCAACGGACGUGGGCGUCCGGGUGGUGUAGCGGUCUGUUCCGUUGCCUACCAACACGGGGAUCGGAGGUUCGAAUCCCCGUGUCGUCCCCACAGACACGAUUGGCCGUGUCUGCGGGAUGGGAAGCCGGAUGUGGGUGUGUCCUGGUCGCUGCACCAGCGCCUCCUCUGGUCGGUCGGGGCGCCCUUUUAGGGGGAGGGGGAACUGGGAGGAAUAGCGUAAUCCUUCGCACGCGCCGCGUCCCCCUUGGUGAAACUCCUCACUGUCAGGUGAAAAGGAGCGGCUGGCGACUCCACACGUAUCGGAGGAGGCACGUGGUAGUCUGCAGCCCUCCCCCCGGAUCGGCAGAGGGGGUGGAGCAGCGACCGGGACGGCUCGGAAGAGUGGGGUAAUUGGCCAAGUACAAUUGGGGAGGGGGGAGGGGAUUCCCCCCCGGUCAGCUAGUGUCAUUAUGACGGAUUGCACACAGCGUGUUUAGGGAUAUUAUGGACGACCGCCUGGCUCGUCAGUUGGACGCCGUGCGUCCACCGCUGCCCGUUUACCCCUCUACGCGAUGACGUCAUCUAUCCUCGCGGAGGGGGGGGGGGCGGGGCCAGGUCGGUUGCGCAUGAACGAGCGGUUUCGUGCCCCGUUCUGAGUUGGAGCGAAGGAUGUUCGGCGAGAGGUCCCGUUCACUAUGGCCCGUGGAGUCCUGUAGCGCCUCCUCCUCCUCCUCCUCCCGCGGGAACUGCGAACACGGGCGGUUAUAUCAUGUGCUGUUUCUGGGUGCAAUUUGUUUUAAUAGCCGAGACGUUUUUUUGCAUGCAAUCGCUUUACUGCAACGGACACCGGAGCCAAUGUCACCCCACAAGAGAUCCUCCUUUGACGCGAACCAGUUAUUAUGUUGUAAACUACUAAUAAGACCCGUUAGCCCCCUAGCUAGCGGGUCUGACCCUUUAGCCGAGCGGUUAGUGACGUCGCCUUGUGGCGCAGUACACCCCGGAUCGAAUCCCGCACCGGGCAACAAAAUAACCGCUUACAAUAUCGACACGUCGUCUGGUCUUCAGUUGCUUCCUCAGUCCAUGAAGACGCGCAUGCGUAGACCCCCGACCGGGUCUCUCCAAGCGGCUCUCCGAGGCAGGCAGACCACAUCCGGUGUGUUAUAAACGAGUUCCUGUCGUCGCGGGCUUUUGAGCGCGCGGGAACGAGUUCGAGGCCGAGUGUGAGCGUGAGCCACGCGGACAACAGUAGCAGCUAGCGCCGUUCACGCCUCUCGCGCGCUCUCGCUCUCCUCUCGCCGUUUCACUUCCGGGUGAUUGUUUUUAAGUUAUUUAUUCUGUUUUCUUUCCCUUCCCGUGUAAAUAUAUUUAUUUUUUUGAUGUGAAAUGAAAACCUGGAUUGUAAAUUGUGUGUACAGAGUAUAUGGUUAGGAAUGUACUUUGCUUCAGAUAGGAAUGUACUCUGAGUAUGGAAUGAUGGGUAGAAGCCAUUUUUUUUUACACAAGUAUAUUGUCUUGAGUUA